AUGCGAGUAGAACAUCCUGACAUAGUUUUUUUGCCUUGCAUGGCACAUCAAUUUAAUUUAAUUGUUGGUGAAAUUUUCAAAGAAUCGGAUAUUUAUAAGAAGGCUUCAGCGAAAGCUGUUAAAAUUGUCAGUUACUUUCAUUCAUCACCUUAUUUCACUGGAUUAUUAAGAAAUGAACAAAUAUCAGUUUAUGGAAAAACAAUUGCUUUAAUUACUCCUAGCGAAACUCGUUGGAACAGCUAUUAUUUUUGCUUUCAUAGUGUUUUGAAAACUGAAGCAGCACUUAGGACAUUAUCUACAAAAUUUGCUCCUAGACGUAUUGGAACCCCUUCUAUAUCUCGAAGUGGCCAUAGUAGACAAAGACUUUUACCAACUUCUGUAGACCAAGAACGACAUCUUCCUUCAGAUAUAAUCACUAUCAUCAAUGAACAAACCUUUUGGAAUCAUCUAUUUGAACUUCAAGAUAUUAUCCUUCCUCUAUGUGCUGCUUUAAAUAAACUUCAAAAAGAUAUGGCACGGCUUUAUGAAGUAGUUCUUGCUUUUGGGUGGAUUUUCAAAGUAUUUUCUAAUCAUGAAAAUGAAAACUUUUCUAAUAAAAUGAUCAACCGACUUGAAAAAAGAUGGAAUAAAUUUGAACAACCACUUUUACUUUUAUCAUUGGUCCUUCACCCACAAUAUAGAACUUCACUUUUUAAAAAUACUACAAACAAUCUUUCAUAUACUUAUUUUGGUCAGUGGAUUAAUUAUUAUUAUCAGGCUUGGUUUGGUACACCACCAAUCAGAAUUUUGCGGGAGUAUUUAUUAUAUCAAAAGAAAGCUUAUCCUUUUGAUAUGAAAACAUUUAGUCAGCUUGAUUGUGAAGUAGUUGAUUUUUGGGAUUUAGCAAAAGGCGAGGCACCUGAAUUGUCAAAAUUGGCUCUUCACUUGCAUGGAAUUUGUAUAAAUUCUGCCUCUGUUGAAAGACUUUGGUCCAAUAUGGGUUUUAUACAUUCAAAAAAAAGGAAUCGUCUUUAUCAUGAAAAAGUUCUUGGAAUGUGUCAAUUAAGGAGUGAAAUAUUUCGAAAGAAAAAACAGUUGGAGAUUAAAAAAUAUGAAAACCUUUAUAAAAGAAAUCACAUUGCAAUUCCUAUUCAACCAUAUAAUCAAGAAUCUGUUGACAAUGAUAAUGAGGAUGAACCACUUGAUGCAAAUGAAGUAACUAAUGAUAUGACACUCAGUGAUGAUAAUAUUGAAAAUAAUGACUGUGAAACAUUAGAAUGUUUUGAAGAAAGAGAGGAGGAGGAAGAUGCAUUUGAAGAAGAAACUGAUGAUUCUAUCAACAGAACUGAGCAUUGGGUGGAAUUGAUUCAAAAUUGGAUGAAUAUGAUUGAUGAUAAUGAAGAUAUUUCUGAUCCUUUAGAAUUUAUAGCUGUAGAUCGUAGUAUACAUCCUGCUGAUGACCCAAUUGCCAAAUGGAGUCUGCAUAAUGAUUUUAUGAAGUAG